AUUCCUAUAGAUUCCUAUACGGAUGAAACAGCCUGUAGCAGACUUUUUGAGGUAAGCGAAAAUGAUAUGUUUGCUCUGACUAUAUGUUAUCGAGCACUCUUUGCGUUUCGUAAACCACAUUAUUUACGAAUAUAUCUUAUAUAUAUAUAUAGCUUAAGUUUUUGGUUUACGAAACACAAACAGUGCUCAAUACCAUAUAGAUAGAGCGUAAUAUAGUUUUCCGUUUUGACUCCAACUAUUCAAAUAUAAAAUGCAGGCUUUCUGGCAUCCUUGUGUAGAAAAGUAGGACUAGAAUUUUAGGAAUAGUAGGAAUAAAGUAGGAAAAUGUGUAGAAAAGUAGGACAAAAGUAGGAGUUUUGGAGAUGCAAAUAACACAAAAAUAUACAAAAUUGGUCCCCUAGGAUAUAUGUGGUAAGGGUAGACCAUUAGAUAUCUGAUCCACACUGCGGCAGGAGCAUAUAUAUCAGGGCCGUAUAGGAAGCUCUUUUCGAUUGGAGGGCUGAAAGCGAGGGCCGAAGGCCCGAGGAAAUUUUUAAAUUUAGAGUCAGAAUUCUAAUGGUCAGAAAACAGCGUUUUAGUAUGUCGAAAUUUACAAUUUAGUAGUACUAAAUGGGCGAAGGCGUAUUUAAUUAACUAUAUAUUGGAUAAGUUGCAGGAAAGUAUGGGUAUAAUAUCUUCAUUCUUUGCAGUUUGUCAUGGAUUAAAUGAUAAAGGACUGCAUGAUUUUGAAAAAAAAUGAUUAUUAGCAAAUUAUCGGGGGGCUGCAGCUCCCCCCCGGUUGCUACGGCAAGGUAUAUAUGAUGCUUGAUUGACUGAGGGGGGGGGGGGGGAAUAUUUGGAAUCUCUAGAUCGUCGGAAUUGGCACUUUCAGAGUCUUCAUUAAUUUAUUGAUUAUGAUUCUAGAGAUGCUAUGAAAUUUUAUACUCGGAAAAUGUACUUCUUCUCCUCCUGAGAUCUUAUCAUCUGGGACACAAAUAGGGAAUAAAAAUUACGAGUCCUAUCCCAGCUAGCACAAUUACGUUGUGCCAACGUUGUACGAACGUUCGCCGAACGUGGAGAUAACGUUGGUAUUAUAAGUUGUAGUAACGUUAUUUUGUGAACUCGUAGGAACGUGGUGACAACGUCAGGAUUAACGUUAGAACACGACGUUGGUUCAACGUUCUUACAACGUUUGAUUAACGUUAGAACACGACGUUGGUUCAACGUUCUUGCAACGUUUGAUUAACGUCCAGGAAACGUUGAAAAUUAACGUUGUAGUAACGUUAUUUUGUGAACUCGCAGGAACGUUGUGACAACGUUAGGAUCAACGUUAGAACAAUUAACUAAAAUCUUUGAUUUAAUCAUUUUAUUUAAGGAAAGAGCUUCAUUUACAAAUAAUAUAGGCUAAAAAUACUGAUCCAAUUUAUAGUUUGGAUGAAUAUUGACAAUAAUAUUUAAUUCAGUAUAGUAUAUGAACAAGCUUUCGUUGGUAGGGAUGCAACUACCUGAACAAUCUUGUAUGACGGAACUUUUUCUAGGCCGCAUUUUAGAAAUAGACAUACGUAAUACUGUGCUUGAAUAACAGUCUGUAGUUUAAAUUACAGAAUUACCUGAACAAUAUAAGGGUAAUUUCGACAUUUCGAGUGAAGACCCUCCAGAGUAAAUACGUUGCUACGAAGGGCCUUCGCUCGAAACGUCGUAAUUCUUCUAGUUCUCGUUAUAUGUAGUUUGAGAUAGUUGCAUCCCCAUCUACACUGGCACAGACAGUUCAAUAUUUAAUACAGUAUACUAAUUAGUCAUUCUUGGAUUUCAUUGACAAAUGAACGAGUACUUCUGAAAUAUAUCUUCGAUUCAAGAGAGGCGCUGUAAAAUGUAAAUUCAUAUGGCGUCAAACAAACAUGCAGACACAUAUCAAAAUAAAUAUAUUUUGUUCGCCUUUUUUCCCUACAUGAGAUAGACACAUGGAAGUUUCAAAUGUUACAGAUACAAUAUAUAUACUUACAUCGAAAACAAGACGAACGAGCGAGUUCUUCUGAAAUAUACAGCAACUUCGAUGAGAUUACAGAGUCAGCAUACAUUUCAGUUGCGUCGCAAGCCAAGAACAAUGGUGUAAUCUUUUCAAUUUGCCCGCGGCGCAAACACUUUACGUAUAUAUGGUCAGAAUUACCAUAUUUGGCGAGUUGUUGAUAAGCUGCCAAAUACAAAGGCCUACUGUCUGGCUCAGUAAAAUCAGUUGGAUAAAACGUUUUCAGGACAAAAUUUCCAGUAAGAACUAACCAACGCGACGUUCCUCGCGAUUCCUGCAGCUGAAUAGGCAUACGAAGUCAUAUGGCCUGAUGCGGUUUUAUACCUAUAGUUUAACUGUCAGGUUCAAUAAUAGAAGACAUAUGUUUAAUUUUUUUAGAACGUUGCGAAAAUAUCAAAUCUUAACGCCAAGACGACCUUGUUUACGACGUUGUUUUGAUGUCAUAUCCAAACGUUACACAUUAACGUUGCUACAACGUUAAAAUCUAACAUUGCUAAGACGAUAUCGUAUGACAUCCUGCAACGUUGCAAAAAUAUCAAAUCUUAAUGUCAGGACGACGUUGUUUACGACGUUGUUUUGAUGUCAUAUCCAAACGUUACACAUUAACGUUGCUACAACGUUAAAAUCUAACAUUGCCAUGAAGAUAUCGUAUGACAUCCUGGAACGUUGCGAAAAUAUCAAAUCUUAACGUCAGGACGACGUUGUCAAAGACAUUGUUUUGAUGUCACGUCCAAACGUUACACAUUAACGUUGCUACAACGUUGAAAUCUAACAUUGCUAAGAAGGUGUCGCAUGACAUCCUGGAACGUUAAAUUUCAACGUUAAACCAACGUUUACACCACGUGCUCUUAUUCCGGAUAGAAAAGUAAUGUUGUGUGAACGUCGUGUGAAAGUUAAGUUAGAUCUAACUUUGCAACAACCUUUUACCAACGUUGUAAUAACGUUAUGUGCUAGCUGGGAUAGAUCUAAAUUACGAGAGCUACAAUAUACUGAUUCCCCAAGCUGUCUUAAAAAAGUAGGAUUUUAUGAGAAAAAGUAGGAAAAAAUAGGAAAAGUAGGAAAGUUGAAGAAAAGUAGGAAAAAGUAGGAAAAGUAGGAUGGCAAGAAAGCCUGAAAAUGUGAACAGUGAACUUGUAAAUAAAAUAAACAUACCAGUUUGUCCAAGUUUUUCGGCUAUUUCUUGCAUCGACUUAUCACGCAAAUCUCUAUUUUUAAAAUCGCGACUCCUCACGUCAUAAAGGCAAGGGUAAUCCGGCCAAAUAUCGGCGAUUUUGUCUUCCAACAAUGAUUCGGACACCACAACGGCGUGACAACGCUACUUGUCGCCAUUUUGGUUAAUUGAAAGAUUCAUGUAGCACGCAUGCGUAUUGCCAUCAUAUUGUAAGCUGUUUGCUUUUCCUGCCCGCACACUUAAAGAUAAUCGACACUCGUGUCAAAAAUUAUUCAACAUGUUGAACAUUCCGUGCUAAUGGCAGGCAUGCCGGAAAUCUCUCAAAACGUCCCCGCACACCUGAGAAACUUGCUUACGCCAACAGUCACGCGUGACGCUCAGCUCAGCUGAUAGCUCUAGUGUGCGGCGGGCUAAAGGGACAUUUCAUCACUAAUCGACCGUAAUGCCAUGCUAUUACUUUGUAAUAUCAUAGUUGCCGAGGGAAUCGCGCGUGGUGUGUUGCCUGUUUUGAAUGCUGUUUGAUUGUCUUUAAAACAUUGCGCGAUUUGAUAUUAAUAUACAAAAUCCCGCUUGACUUUCAAAGGUCAUAAAUCGCUAUAGUGUUGAUAUUUCACUAAAACUAUCGAUAGAAACUAGGAGAUAUUUUUGUACUGAAUCGAACGGUGGUAUUUUCAUCUACAUAGCGUAUAUUGAACCAAAGAUACGAACGUCCAAAUAAAUCAGGUCGAAACCGACUGAAGGUCGCGUUUGUUUAUAAAUAUUGCUGAAGUUGAAAUAGUUGAAUUGUAUUUUCAGUCUUGAUAAUAAAUUUAAUAAUGGUUCUGUAUGCUAUACAUACUCAUUUUUUUCUUUUAUGCGGUUUUGGGCACAUUUCUAAAAAUACAAAUGUCAAAUAUAAAUUUAAAUAAAAGUUUCUUCGCUUCCAACCAAAACCUGUUCGCUAAAUACGUUGUUUCCAUGUAUUGUUUUAUACUGUAGAUGUAUACCUUGUCUAGAAAAAAUGCAGAUGUUUUGUCGCAAACUGAACAUAACACUUUCUUAUUUCGUAGAGCUAGUAAAUAAUCUCUUUCUCAGCUUGUUGCAGUAUUGUAAAGAGAUAUUUUCUCAGUCAUUUUGACUUGAAUUUUGCGUUUGAUAAUUAUACGUCCCCCCCGGUUUACCGCCAUAUUGGGUGUGGCAUCGUGCAGAGGCUUCGCGCCUUCAUACGGCCAAUUAAAGCCUCUGCGGAGGAGAGAGGUCCAUAGUUGUGCCGAUGAUUUUCGAUGAGGUACAGCUCUCCAAUCAGAGGUAAUGAGGUACGCUUUUGUCUUCUAAAUUUCCCUCAUCAAGCAUGCAGGGGAAAAUUAGAAGACAAAGAAAUCCUUUGUUUUCAACUAAAUUUACCGGGUAAAUUUAGAAGACAAAGCGUAUGCAUGGGUAAUGAGGUAAAUUAGUGAUUAAUCGUACCUCGCGAGACAAAGGAUUUCGAGGCAACUAUGAUAUUAUAGAAAAUAAGGCUAUAUCACAAUUUUAUUAAUUAAACCAAGUUCAAGUAAUUUAAUUUAAAGUAUUAAAUAUUUGCUUUUUACUAAUACAUGCAGCUAAAGUAGAAAACACUAUCUGACACGAUAGUUAUAUUCACUUCUUUGCUUUGCUUAGACAAGCUGAUUAAGAUCAGAAAAAGUUCCCUAAACUCCCGCCAAACUCUAACACCCAAACGUAAUAUCCAAUUAUCCAAACUCCAAACAUGAAUCUCUGUAGAUGAUGAGUAGUGAUACGCAAUUGAUAAUGGGGAGCAUCAAACAGUUUUAUUAUUUAUUUAAAAACUUCCUGGUUUCUGAUUAGCUAACAGCCAACUGCAUGAAAUUGUCAUAUCAACUCAAUGGCUAACCAAAUAUGGAUUUUUCACAUUCAUAUUAGCAAAAUGACGUCAAAGAGUCAAUAUGAAAAAAAUUUGGACGCGUUUGCGCCAUAUUACUAUGACGACGAGAAUCAUAUUGACUCGCUGACGCCAUUAAUUGAUAUGACGACGACGACGGUUGCCGAAGAACUAAAGGCCCGUCUACACGAUACGACUAGUCGUAUACGAUUCUUAUCCUGGCGUAUGAAAACGAACUGUUCAUCAGUUCAUGGCGAAGUUUGAAAUGUGACAUAUCUAUAGCCUACAUACAAAUAUUCGGUUACAUCCAGGAUAAGAAUCGUAUACGACUAGUCGUAUCGUGUAGAUGCAUGGGCCUUAGGGAAUUGUUUUUUUCGUAAUAAAAAUAAAAUACAAAUGGCUUCCGUUUGUUUUGAAUUUUUUAAAUAAAUAAUAAAAUAAUUAUUGAAUUCGGUUUUCGCAUGCACAAUAUGAAGAAUUAGUAUAACUUUGCGUAUCAAAUGAGCUUUCGGGCGUUUUGAUUGGCUAGCUGACUAGUAAAUGUGAGGCAUUAUUUACCACCUGGGUAGUAAAUAAUGCUUUUCAAAAAGAUUGAUUCGGCAAAUUUGGUUUCAAAAUCGACAAAAUAUUCAAACAACCGUCCCCAGAAAACGAAAGAAGCACAAAAUGUCGUAUUUAACUUGAAAGGAUUUCUUUAUUAGUUAAUUACUAUGUCAAACAUAUUAACGGACAAUUUGAAACUUAUUCAAAACUCCGAAACAUUCACUUCAAACAAAUAGAAAAAAACUAUCCCGACUCGAUCGAUUCGGAAAAACCUUGCCGUCAUAUUCUUUAAAAUCCAAAAUUUAUACUAAAGCAAUUAUUCGCCUCAGGCUCAGUGAUUACGAUGAAUAUUCACCUCGACUUCGUCUCGGUGAAUAUUCGCCGGUAAUCACUUCGCUUUCCGCGAAUAAUUGUUAAUCAUCAAGCCCUCAGUUCGCCGUUAUCAACCGAAGCCGAAGGCUGAGGUUGAUAACGGCAAACUGAGGGCUUGGUAAUUCAGUAACAAUUAUUCGCCGAAGGCGAAGUGAUAAUUCUUCAUAUCGUGCUCAACCUCAUUCAAUAAUUGUUAAUUAUUAAUAGCGUAAUGUGCACUCGUCGUUUUAGUUUCCAAUCGCGAUUUUACUGGACGUGUAUAAAAAAACAAUUUUGUUUGCUGCUAUAUGUUGUUUUAUAUCUGCAGCUUGCAAAUUAUUCUUUCGUUUCUUCUUGUAUAAAUAUAUAGUAAAUUAAAUUCCCGAAUUUUCUGGCUGGCAAUGAAACCUGCAGGUUUAUUUACAAUGGAUUACAUUGCCCGCCUCGAUUUCAAGCUAUUGUUUCAUGCGCACUCAAGCAAAUUCGGGAUGUGUCUACUGACAUCCACAUCUACCCUUACGUACCCAGAAUAGUAUUAGGCGUGCGCGUCUCAGGGAUUUUUUUGAGUUUAACAGCUUUAAUUUCAAAACAAACGAAAAAUUGUUUUACAGAUAUUGUGAAGCUUAUUGACAGGUUACAUCCACCAACGUCUUGUUCAGCUUUGUUAAUAAAUCAUCCUUCAACACGCAGUGGAAUGUAUUAUAUCAAUCAUCAAGGACUCAGUUCAUCGCCAUCGUUUCAAGUAUACUGUGAUAUGACGUCAAAGAAUGGUGUUGGUGUGACGGUGAUUGGACAUGACAGUGGAUCAAGAACACUUGUGAAUGGAUAUGAAUCUCCAGGUUCUUACAAACGAAAGAUUAAAUAUAAUAUUUCCAUGGAACAGAUCUUUGCCAUUAUGAAGCAGUCCACAUAUUGUGAGCAGUUUAUAAAAUAUGAAUGUUAUCAUAGCAUCUUGUUAAAAACACCUUAUGGUUGGUGGGUAUCACGUCAAGGUUCAAAGAUGAAGUACUGGGGUGGGGCGGCAGUCAAUAGUGGAAAAUGUGCAUGUGGAAUGACCAACAGCUGUGCAGGUGGAGGAAAAUGUAAUUGUGACAAGAAUGACCGGACAUGGCGUGAAGACAGUGGAUAUCUGACUGACAAGAACACACUGCCUGUUACUGAGCUGAGAUUUGGAGAUACCGGUACCGCUUUUGAGAAAGGAUACCACACACUGGGAAAAUUGCGAUGUUGGGGUGAGAAUAGAAGAACGGAUUUUGAUGAAUAAUACAUAAACUGAAACGUUAUCACUUAGCAACACAUAUGAUAAGUAAUAUAGAACGCGUCUUUGGUACAAGGGUCAAUCAAAAAUAGUUUAAACACAACAGUAGAACUUAUAUGACAUAAUUAUCGCUAACAAUAUCCGCACUGUGGGUGGUUACAAAGGAUUACAUUGCCCGCCUCGAUUAGGCGAUUUCAAACUGUAAUGUGUCGCUCGAGCGAUAAAGCGAUUGCUGUUUUUUAAAACAGUGGUUUCACAUUAUUCUCCCUGAUACUUCAUGCGGGAAUCCUCAAAAUGGUUACAAAAACAUGGCGCGUUUUACAAAAAUAUGGCGUGAAGUAUUCAAGAAAUAUUACAAAGCUUGUAGGCCUUAGGCCGUCCAUUAAAAUUUAGCCGUCCAAAUUCAGACGUGGCCGUCCAUAGGACGGUCGGACGGCCGCCUGGCUAACAUCCUGCGUCUCAGGAAUUAUUUUUGAGUUUAACAGCUUUUAAAACAAACGAAAAUUAUUGUGUUUUCAGAUAUUGCCAGGUUACAUCGAGUAACGUCUUGUUCAGCUUUGUUAAUAAAACAUCCUUCAACACGCAGUGGAAUGUAUUAUAUUAAUCCCCAAGGACUCAGUUCAUCGCCAUUGGUUCAAGUAUAUUGUAAUAUGACGUCAAAGAAUGGUGUUGGUGUGACGGUGAUUGGACAUGACAGUGGGUCAAGAACACUUGUGAAGGGAUAUGAAGAUGCAGGGUCUUACAAACGAAAGAUUAAAUAUGAUAUUUCCAUGGGGCAGAUCGUCGCCAUUUUGAAGCAGUCCAAGUAUUGUGAGCAGUUUAUAAAAUAUGAAUGUCAUCAUAGCGUUUUUUUUGGGUUCAGUUCUGCAGGUACAUAUUAUAGUUGGUGGGUAACGCGUCAAGGUUCACAGAUGAAUUACUGGGGUGGAGCGGCAGUCAACAGUGGAAAAUGUGCAUGUGGAAUGACCAACAGCUGUGCAGGUGGAGGAAAAUGUAAUUGUGACAAGAAUGAUAACACAUGGCGUGAAGACAGUGGAUAUCUGACUGACAAGAACACACUGCCUGUUACUGAGCUGAGAUUUGGAGAUACCGGUCACACUAAUGAGAAAGGAUACCACACACUGGGAAAAUUGCGAUGUUGGGGUUAGGAUAGAAGAGCGGAUUUUGAGGAAUAAUACAUAAACUGAAACGUUGCCACUUAGCAAAACAUAUGAUAAUAUAAAACGCGUCUUUGGUAAAAGUUUCUAUCAAAAAUAGUUUAAGACAAAAGUAGAAUUUAUGGGACAUAAUUUUCACUAACAAUAUGCGCACUGUGGGUGGUAACCUGACUAUUCACUUCGUGCUACAUAUUCAAAGUUAGUACUAUGCUUAAUAAGCAAUAUGGAGCUUCUUAUAGCUUUACAUAAAUUAAAAAUAGGAAAUCU